AUGCCGUUAUCUAUCGAGGAACGUAUUCAAGUGAUCCUUCUAGCCGCAAACGGUCGGACUCAUCGUGAAAUCGCCGACGAGUUCUGUCGCCUACAUCAGAAAUCGAUUUCCCAUUCAACUGUUGGCAAUUUGCUGGCAAAAUUCAAGGAGACAGGGUCUGUCUGCGAUCGAGGGCGACAUUGUUUGGCUUUUGGUGAUGAUAGCAACAACGGUUUUGAGCAACCUCCUGUUCGACCGGCUAAUGAAAUGGAAUCAUCGUCGAGUUCUGUGUACAGCAUUACCAAUGGCCAAAAAAGGUACCGCUACGCUGUUGUCGACAUUAGAGGACAGUCCAGUGACAAUCUAUACGACCUUCUGAUAGACAACGGCUACAGCAAUUUCCUUCUACUCAAUAACCUGAGUGAUCAUCCUGAUUUUGAUUUGCCGGCAAACAAAAAAGAUGAAUCGAUGCCAGUUCUCAACUUGGAAUGUGAGUCCGAUAUCUCGCGAGCUCCUUCUUCGAAUGAUGCUCCAGACGAUAUCCCUUAUUUCGCAGAAGUUUCUGCCACAGACUUGUUAGGAGCCGCCAGUGGUAGUGGAACUGGCGAUGGUGAUGAUGUCGAUGAAGCAAAAAAUGAUCAAAAGCCAGCAGCCUUAUUCGAAAAUCGUCCUCGUCAUGACUUCCCAAAUACGACCUCCAAAGACAGCUUUGAGCUGAACGAUCUGUCGGAACAAUACGUACAGCAGUCAGAAAGUGGUGGAGAAGGGACGGACUCGGAAAUGUGCGAUGCUGAUGUGAACGGUGGUGGAAAAAUGGAUUGUAAAAGUCCUUAUGUGAUGUGUCAGCUCUGCAAGAAAGUCAUUAUGGCGUCAAGGUUCUCUAAUCUAUCUAAUCAUGCUCGUCGACAUUCGGUCGUCAAAAAGUAUAAGUGCAUAUAUUGUGAUCUUCAGCACAACGAACACGUGAAGAUACGAGCUCAUAUGACAAACCUGCAUGACGACAGUACAUCGGAAGCAAUAGACAACACUUGGCGGAUGAAGAAAGUGUGGGAAUUCCUAGUUCAGAAAUGUUUCCCACAUUACACUCCAUUGUCUAACCACAUUGAACCCCAGGCUGACAGUGACAACAUUAUAACACCUUCUACGGAAACAAUCUUGUACGCCUGUCGAAUCUGCGGCUUCCAAGAUGGUGAUGAGAGCAAGGUUCGUUGGCAUGUAACCUCGCGACAUACGGGAGUGAUAUGUGAUGAUCAUAUCAAAGUGGUGCUUACGGACUCGAGUACUCAAGCGAGUAAUGAGCAAAACGAAGCAGCAGAAGAAAAGGCAAGGGUCGUUGUUCUUCCAAGUCAGGAACCGAGUCCCGUGGACGUGACAACUUCUCCCAAAGAGGACACUUCGUAUGAAGUUUAUGUAGCAAAGGAAGAUGGAGAUGAUGAAAGUGGAUUGCGUUCAUUGGUCUGCCGGCUGUGCAAUCGUAUAAUUGAUGGAAAAGGAUUGAUCAGCGUUGUGAUGCAUGCGAAAGCUCAUUAUCAUGUGAAGCAAUUUGAAUGCAACAGAUGUGGUUUUGGCAGUAAUACAAGAUCUUUGGUCAGAAGACACAUCUACUCUCAACAUCGUCGAGGUUGUACUGUGGUGUUAGAGCAUAAUGACGUUAAUAUAAAGAGAGCCUGGACACAAGUCGUCCGUGCUUGUUUCCCGUAUUUGUCCAGUCUGUUGGAAAAAGAACAAAACAAAAGUGAACGGAACGGACUGGAACUGGAUUUGGAGUUGUGA